GUGUCUUUCAGUGUAAGACUAUCACUGUACGCUGUAACAGUAUCCAGUCCUAUUGGCUUGCCGGGGUGUCAAUGAAAGUGAUUAAAUCCUUUGUGUAUUUUCAUACCCACAGAAUCCUGCAACUGGCCCAGCAUAAAGACUCCAAAACCGAGUGGGUCACCACACCUUGGAAGCUAACAUGGGGGAACCAGGAUUCAAUAUGGCCGCUGUCACACGCUGCAUUGAGCGCCGUGCCUACAGAGAGGACUCUGCGCCUGGCAGAGCACAAGAGACACUUCUCUGUGUGGGACGAACAGCCGAGCCGGAAAGCACAGGAUGGGCUUUGCUUGACAAAGGGCUCAUGGCCCUUCCCCGGGACGAUCCAGUAUGAGACCCUCGUCCGGUUGUCCGCUCCCAAAUACAGAUCCCGAAGACCCCGGGAGGUCAGGCCUCCCCACACGCAACGGUGCGAGCGCGAAUGUCCCAUCUGGCACUACGAAGUGAGCACACCGGCCCGCCCCUUCUCGCCCCGUCUCCUCCAGCUGGCCCGGCCCAAAGAGACCCACCCCAGCUUCAGAGGCAACCGGGAGUCGGUGGAGACGGUCAUCUCUGAGACUGCUAAGUUGGCUCAUUCCACCCCCAGGCUUGACCUACUCUCCAUGCCCAAGAUGAGGGAGGAGAGUCACCUGUCCUUUCCUCUGAGACACCUGGAGGACCCCAUUCGCCCUGUUUCCAAACAUGCCAAAAGGGCCGUGGCGUCCCUUCGAGUCAAGAGCCUGGCGGUACCCAAAGCGGUCGUUAAGGAUUACCUCCCAAACCGAGAUCCAGUGUGGUCUCCUCCCAGAAGCCUGUGGACAGGAAGCUCAAAGAGGAGAGACAAGUCAGCUUAGCCCAUAGCUGUUAGUGCACAGCAGAAUAACACAAGGCACUAUGCAAAGCCCCUCAUCCCCAAGAAGACUUACUUGGUUUCUUUUUUGUAUGAUUUUGAGGGGUAUUACAGCAGUGAGUCGCUAACCCUGGUCCUGGAGAACUUCAAGGUUUGCUGCUUUAGUUGUUACUCAGCACCUGAUUCACCCAUUCACGUGAUUAAUGCACCUCAUCUGGUUUGUUGGGCCUGACCUGGGUGUGAAAUUCCUGGUGAGGAACCAGCAACACCAGGGGGGGUGGCCGGGGAAGGACAUGCAAACUCCACACAGAGAGGAUGCGGCCGGGGCUUGAAGCCAGCACCUGCUUCUUGUGAGGCAACAACGCUAACCACUGCCUCCGUGUCGUCCAAUAUUCCCCAGCUGUUGAACUCUACUCCCUGCGUCUGCAAUGCUGGGAAAAAAAAUCUGUGUUCUACAAAGGGCCUGCUGAGCAUUGCGUGGGGGUUAGAGCUCAAUGAGAGAACACAGCAGGAGGUCCUGCCUUUAUAUUUAACAACACUUUGUGCUGUUAUUCUCUAAUAUCCACCAUAAAACCAAUGGGAUCUUUUUCCCCUGACUAAGGACAAUUGUGAGAACAUAAUUGGUGUACUUAUGUGUAAAAUUAGUGAAAUAAUUUCUUGCUUUGUAAAUAAUUAGCUAAAACAAAUUGGUAAUGUUUAGUCAAACUUUAAUGAAUGUUGGAAAAGGUUCUGUAGAGGAGAAGGGUUGCCAAUUGCAGAAAUUCCUCAUAAAAUAUGAAUGUGUGCAGUGUUUUAUCUGAGCCCUUCACAACAGUCCAUAGGUCACUCUUAAACUUGCAUGAAAUGUUCCCGUCCUGGAAACUGUGAUUAGAUCCAUAACAUUACUUACGAGGAUCCUCCAAACAUUACUUGCAUUUCUCAACAUUAGACUAAACAUGAAUGGUUGUUAAUUGUUUAUAUUAUAGUUAUUAAUGCUUUAUUAUGAAUAAAAUAAAUAAUUUUACAUUUUA